AUGCCCAGUGAUGUGUAUUGGAAGCUUCCAAUAAAAUUUAUUGGAAUUGGAAGUUCUAUUGGAAAAAAUUGGAAGUAUUGGAAUAUGCAGAUCUUCCAAUAUCUUAUGUAUAUUAGAAGCUUCCAAUCAAAUUUCUUGGAUAUUGGAUAUAGUAAUUGGAAGCUUCCAAUGGAAGCUUCCAAUACUUCUAAUACCAAAAUUAGAAAACAAAAUUCUUGCAACACUUAUACAGCAUGUAUUGCUUGUGUUGAAAAACUAGAAAAUGAUGAGCUUUUAAAAAAUACUUUUACAAAUAAAAAACCACAAGUCAAAAAUCAUUUAAAAAACUAUUCAUAUUUUCAAGAAAAAAUUGGAAGCCAAGAAGAAUUGAAUGAUAUUAUCAAUUUAACAGAUAAUGAAAUAGAAGAAACAAAUCAAAAUGGCAAAAAAAAAAAAGAAUUACAACAAAAUCAAGUCAAAUUUUUAGAUUCAAAUGCUUCUCCAAUUGAAACUGAUUCUGAAGUUCUUGUUGAAGAAAUUGAUGAUAUUGAUGAAAAUAAUACUUUUAUUACUUCUAAACAUUGGGAACAAGAAUUAAAUAA